CCAUGUCGUCGGAUAGGAUACACCGCGCCGCCAAAGAUGGCCUACUGGAUGUGUUACGUGAAGCGACACGUUCGGAGGCGAAUGCCAAGGACAUCGAUGGCAUGACACCUGUCCUGUGGGCUGCAUUUGAGGGCCAUUUCGAUGCACUGAAGCUACUGGUUGCACGCGGCGGAGACCCGGAUAAGGCCGAUCAGUUUGGCAACACAGCGCUCCAUCUGGCGUCGGCGAAAGGGCACAUGCAGUGUGUCGAUUUUCUCGUCCAAUUCGGUGUCAACAUUUAUGCGCUCGACAUCGAUCAUCACAGUGCGCAGGAUCUUGCGGCGAUUAAUAAUCGUGACAAAAUUCUGCGCUAUCUCGAUGCCGCUGCCGCAACACUGGAAGCAACCGAUCGGAAAAAGGCGCAUGAAUUUCGCGAACAAGCGAAAAAGAAGAGCGAAAAGCGUGCGCGCGAAUUUGCCACCCGCCAGCAGAAGCUCGAACGCGAGCAGGACACGAGCAUACGGAUCCGGCCACACCGACCGUCGAACAUGCUGCAGGCACUGAAGCACAAACUGUGGUCCGGCAGUCAGGGCAAUCUGGCACAGGGGCAGCCCCGGAUAGUGAACGAAACCCAACCAGCACCGGCGGGCACGACCAAAUUCAGUGCCCUUGUUGGUGGUGGUACGGUACUGCGCGGUGGCGGUGCCGUGAAGAAGCGUGCCGAUGCAAUGAAAAUUCGGCAACAGAUGGAAAAUGGAGAUUUUAAAAUUGGUGAGAUAGAGGCAAACGGUAAAAGGAGCGUACGUUCGAUACAGGGACUUCGACGGGAUUCGGAGAUAUUGUACGUCGGUACGUACAGCUCAAACGAUGAUUCAAACGCGUCGGAGCGGCGCGGCAAACUGAGAGACGUGUUCGACGUGGAUCCAGCGGACGGUCGGGAAAAUGACGACGCGGACGAGGACAGUGGGAGUGGUACGAGUGGUGGUGGUGGUGGCAAGUUCGGUACCAUAUCCCGUUCACUUAGUCAGCCCGAUUUCCUCGCAACGGCUGCAGCUACUACCACUGACGAGCUGACGGAGGAUGUACUGCUCCAACGACCGUCCGGUCUAUUCAAUCGUCCCUCCUUUGGCAAUCUGGCAUUCCCUCGAUCGGUGUCAAACGUGCUGGCCCAGCUCGGUAACGAACAGUCGUCGACGAGUGCAUCCUCCGAUGGUGGAUCGGUAAAGACAAAGCCGGCGGGUGGUGGAGCCGCCGGCAAGGGUGCGAUCAAGCCACGGUCUCAGCUCGUCAUUUCCGAUUCCGACUCGGAUAUGGAAAGCUCCGACAACGAGGAGAACGAUUCGCUCGCUAUCUUACGCUUCCUGGCCGCAUUCAAGCUCGAGGAUUACUAUCCUGUCUUUCAGAAGAACGAUAUCGACAUGGAAACACUGAUGCUGCUGACCGAGAACGAUGUGAAAUCGUUGGGACUUCCGCUGGGACCGUACCGGCGGUUAUGUAACGCCAUCCAGGAACGUCGCGAAGCGUUGGCCAAUCCGGGCCAGUCCAUUAGUGACAGCCGGCUUUAG